AUGUUGACUCGUGCCCGAUCUUUAUUUUCACGCGUAUUUUCAUUGGAUACACCAUCAUCACAAAUUCGUCUUGAUGAUGUUUUUGAUGAUAUCACAGAUGAUACAAGUGAUGACAAUGAUCCAGAUAAUAUUAUUGACGAUGAUAUUGAUAAUUCAACAAAUGGUGUUGACAAUGAGGAUGAUGAUGGUUUAAGUGACAGUGAUGAUGAUUGGUCAAAUGAAUUUCGACAAGCAUCAGCAACAAAUAUAAAAAUAAAAGGUAAAUAUGAAAGACAAAUUAAUGAAUGUCCAACUAAUUCAACAUCAAACAGUAAAACAAAAUCAAAUUUAAAUUAUACACGUACACAUGAAAAAUCAAAGCAAAAUCGUCUUAUAAGUGCUAUGCAAGUAGCAACAUCACGUUGUAAUGUUGAAUCAAUGAAACGCUUAUUAAAUAAUUUUGAAAUUGAUAUAAAUCAUCGUGAUCAAUAUGGUAUGAGUUAUUUAGAACAUGCUAUUCUAAUGGGCAGUUUUGAUAUGGUUAACUUACUUGUCAGAUAUGGUUGCGAUUUAUAUCAAGGUGAUUCAAGUGGUCAUUCCUAUUUAUAUGUUGCUAUUGAAACUACAACAAAUAAAUCAUUACCAAUUAUUCGUCUUUUAUUAGAAUCAAAUUGUUCAUGUUUACGUCUUAUGGAUAUUGUUUCAUUAAUCUCACCACAGCAACUUAUUUAUAUAAAUUCACAAGAUUUUCUUUUACUUAAUGCCCAUUUAUUAUUUAUGUUAAAAUAUCAUAUACGUCGUAUGGUACUAAGCGAUGUUUUAAAUUUAGUAACAUAUUUAAUAACAACAAAUAUAUUACUUUGUAAAAAUGAUGAACAUUAUGGUCUUAGUUCAUGUACAAAAACAGCAUUAAAUCGUUUUAAUAAUGAUUACGUUCAUUUAUUUGUUAAAACACUUGGAAUAAAACAUGCAUUAAAAUUAGAACAUAAACUUAACAAUUUACAAACACUCCCAUCAUCAUCAUUAAUACCAUUGAUUCAUGAUGAUAUUCAACCAUAUAUUAAUCGAAUCAAUGAAUUAAUAAAACAUAUACCUGAAUUAAAACAUUUAUGUCGUUUAUUAAUACGACAGAAUUUAAAAAAUCUUAAAUCAUCAACAUUCGAAUCCAUUGUUUCAACUGCGAAAUUACAAGACUAUUUAUUGUAUACACCCAUUUAA